AUGCCUAUGAUACAUGAUCUUACUUAUCCAUCAGUAACAGAACUUCGUUAUAAAACUCUUCGUUUUCUUAUUACUGAUAGUCCAGAUGAUGAAAAUGUUCAAUCAUUUAUUGAAACUUGUUUAAAAUAUGGUGUUACAGCAUUAGUACGAGUUUCAGAAAAAACUUAUGAUUCAAAACCAAUUGAAGAAGCUGGAAUUAAAUUUUAUCAUCUUGAAUAUCCAGAUGGAAGUGCACCUGAUUCAUUUGUUCGUAAGAAAUGGUUGAAUAUAGUUAAAGAAAAUAAAAAUGGUUGUAUAGCUGUACAUUGUGUUCAUGGUCUUGGCCGAUCACCUGUUCUUGUUGCCAUGGCUUUCCGUGAAGCAGGUAUGAAUCCACAAGAAUCAAUUGAUUUUGUUCGUAAACGUCGACGUGGUUCAUUUAAUGUACGUCAAUUAGAAUUUCUUCAAAAUUAUCAUUCAUGUCAUCGUCUUCUUAAUAAACAUGUCGGUUGUAUUAUUAUUUAA